AUGGGGAAACCACCGGGAAUGAAUCGCUCCUCUGUUAAGCUUUUGGCAGCUUUAUUUACAUAUUUCAUGGGGACAAACAACUUCAGAGUUGUGGACGCCAAGGAGCACGAUUCCAGAUCAUCCUCCAACCUGUCUCCAUCAGACUUUCUGGACUCACUCAUGGGUCGCACGUCCGGGUAUGAUGCACGAAUUAGACCGAAUUUUAAAGGUCCACCAGUUAAUGUUACCUGCAACAUAUUUAUCAACAGCUUUGGUUCUAUAGCAGAAACUACAAUGGAUUACAGAGUGAACAUCUUCCUGCGGCAGAAGUGGAAUGACCCUCGGCUGGCGUACAGCAAAUACCCAGAUUCCUCCCUCGACCUGGAUCCGUCCAUGUUGGACUCCAUAUGGAAGCCCGACCUGUUCUUUGCCAAUGAGAAAGGAGCCAACUUCCAUGAUGUCACCACAGACAACAAGCUGCUGCGGAUCUUCAAGGAUGGGACUGUCCUCUACAGCAUCAGGUUGACUCUCAUUCUGUCGUGCCCGAUGGAUCUGAAGAACUUUCCGAUGGAUGUCCAAACUUGCACCAUGCAGCUGGAAAGUUUCGGCUACACUAUGAAUGACUUGAUCUUCGAGUGGCUGGAGAACGGCGCCGUGCAGGUGUCGGACGGACUCACCCUGCCUCAGUUCAUUAUGAGGGACGAGAAGGAGCUGGGCUACUGUACCAAACACUACAACACUGGUAAAUUCACCUGUAUUGAGGUUAAAUUCCACCUGGAGCGGCAGAUGGGCUACUACCUGAUCCAGAUGUACAUUCCUUCCCUCCUCAUUGUCAUCCUCUCAUGGGUGUCUUUUUGGAUCAAUAUGGACGCUGCUCCUGCCAGAGUAGCACUGGGCAUCACCACUGUGCUUACCAUGACCACUCAGAGCUCCGGGUCCAGAGCUUCUCUUCCAAAGGUCUCUUACGUGAAAGCCAUUGAUAUCUGGAUGGCUGUGUGUCUGCUCUUUGUAUUUGCUGCAUUGCUAGAAUAUGCUGGGGUUAAUUUUGUCUCCAGGCAACAGAAAGAGUUCCUUCGCCUGAGGCGGAGACAAAGGAGGAAUCAGAAGGAUGAAGACAUGCGCGAAGGCCGCUUUAAUUUCGCCGGCUACAACAUGAGCCAGUGUCUGCCAACAAAGGACGGCUCGGCUGUUAAGAACGCCGCUCCAGCGCCGAACCCUCAACCGCCGGUCCCAAAGGACAUUGAUACCAUGAGGAAAAAGUUUGUGGACAGAGCCAAGAGGAUAGACACGAUCUCCAGGGCCGCGUUCCCUCUGGCUUUCCUCAUCUUCAACGUCUUCUACUGGGUCACCUACAAGAUCAUCCGGCACGAGGACAUCCAUAAAAAGUAA